CGAUGAUAAAGCAUUUAGUUGUCUUGUCACUUUUUGCUCUCUCUGCUUUUGGAGCAAAACCACUGGUUUGCACAAAUGGAUUCACAUUAAUUAACAAUAAAUGUCUACGAUUGUUUUCUACACCACUUGGUCACUCUGCUUCUAAGAGCAAAUGUAUGGAGUAUGGAGCAACGCUUGUCACUGUUAAGAAUGCAAUUGAAAACAACUCUGUGUCAAAAAUUGCUGCCAGUUCGUCCUCAUCACUCUGGAUUGGUCUUUACUGUUUUGACAGUGACGUGACCAAAUGCAUGUGGGAUGAUUCUACUGGUUCUGCUGAAAUGUACAACAGUUUUGCAAGUGGUUUUCCACAUGUUGAUAUUGGAAAGUGUGUAUACCACUUUACACAAGGUUUCCUGGGUGGGAAAUGGCUGAAUGGAGACUGUGACACUGAAACGAGAGCAUUUGUCUGUGAAUUGACAGAAACGCUGGAAGAUAGUUGUGAAUAUAACUACAAUGGACAUUGCUAUUCAUUUCACCAACCAGCUACUUUUGCACAAGCUCAGGUUAUUUGUGAGCAAGAGUGUGGAAAUCUUGCAUCAAUUCAUUCUUCAAACGAAAACCGAUACUUGAGUUCAAUUAUAAGUUCAUUAUCCAACAAGAAUUAUUAUAUCGGAGCAUCAUGGCCGUCAACUUCUGUGCUCACAUGGUUGGAUGGUUCUACCUCUGAUUACAAUAACAUCAGUCCAUCGUCUGCUCACGAAGGAAAUUGUGCACUUCUGUCAAGCCAAGAACAAUGGCUUAGUUCCCCUUGUACCUCCUCUCAACCUUUCGUAUGUAAAAGAUCAGUCGGCUCUCAGUGUUUUAGCACUCCACCAUUAGUAACAAUCACACCUACACCCCCAAAUCCAUCAUCCUGUAACUCUACACUUCUCAUGGCGCCUGGUAAAAUUACAUCUCCAAACUUCCCAAGUAACUACGGCAAUAAUCAAUUCUGCUCUUAUCAUCUAUCAACACUUGGAUCUUAUCGCGUGGCUCUCUAUUUUUUAACGUUUACAACUGAAUUCUUUUUUGACUUCGUAGUGGUAUAUGAUGGGGAUUCUGCAAGCAGCCCAAAAAUGGGGAACUACAGUGGAUCAAAGAACCCGUUUGCUUUGACUUCGACUGGAAACAAUAUGUUUGUGACAUUCAAAUCAGAUCAUAGUAACACUUUUCAAGGAUUCGACGCUAGAUUUCAGUCUUCCGUAUAACCAUGAUUUUGAAAUAAAGUUUUGAAUAAUUCCAUAG